AUGAGACAAGAAGAGAACGCAGAGGAAGUGGUCCAAGCCCCUAACGACACGUCGUCGUCGGAGAGCAGCCAGAGUCACGCCACCUCGCAGCCCAUAGUGAUCCCCGGCAGGAGGCGUGAUCGAAACGUCUCAUCCACCACCACAGCCAACAGGAGGCGGCGAAACACCAACAGGCGACGGUUUAUGUCUGAGAGCUCAGUGUACAGGCUGCUGGAGGUCAGCGAGAUGUUCUCCCAAGAGGCUCCACCACCAGAGCCCGUCGUGGUCGUCGCUGGAGCUCCUGGCUUCACCGUCAGGGGCUUCGUCCUCGGCCAGACGCAUGCCAUGUCUCGUCCUCUAACUGCUGAUGACCGGUCCAGUGGUGGUGCUUCAUCGUCUACCACUGAUGGUGCUGUCUCGUCCACCAGUGGUGUUAGCAGUGGUGGAGCUUCCACGUCCAGCAGUGCUGGUGCUGCCUCGUCCACCACUGAUGGUGCUGUCUCGUCCACCAGUGAUGGUGCUGCCUCGUCCACCACUGAUGGUGCUGUCUCGUCCACCAGUGAUGGUGCUGUCUCGUCCACCAGUGAUGGUGCUGCCUCGUCCACCAGUGGUGUUGGCAGUGGUGGUGCUGCCUCGUCCACCAGUGGUGUUAGCAGUGGUGGUGCGUCCUCGUCCACCACUGGUGUUAGCAGUGGUGGUGCGUCCUCGUCCACCACUGGUGUUAGCAGUGGUGGUGCUUCAUCGUCCACCAGUGGUGUUAGCAGUGGUGAGGAAGUUCCUACAAGAGGAAGUUCCUACAAGAGGAAGUUCCUACAAGAGGAAGUUCCUACAAGAGGAAGUUCCUACAAGAGGAAGUUCCUACAAGAGGAAGUUCCUACAAGAGGAAGUUCCUACAAGAGGAAGUUCCUACAAGAGGAAGUUCCUACAAGAGGAAGUUCCUACAAGAGGAAGUUCCUACAAGAGGAAGUUCCUACAAGAGGAAGUUCCUACAAGAGGAAGUUCCUACAAGGAGGAAGUUCCUACAAGAGGAAGUUCCUACAAGAGGAAGUUCCUACAAGAGGAAGUUCCUACAAGAGGAAGUUCCUACAAGAGGAAGUUCCUACAAGAGGAAGUUCCUACAAGAGGAAGUUCCUACAAGAGGAAGUUCCUACAAGAGGAAGUUCCUACAAGAGGAAGUUCCUACAAGAGGAAGUUCCUACAAGAGGAAGUUCCUACAAGAGGAAGUUCCUACAAGAGGAAGUUCCUACAGGAGGAAGUUCCUACAAGAGGAAGUUCCUACAAGAGGAAGUUCCUACAAGAGGAAGUUCCUACAAGAGGAAGUUCCUACAAGAGGAAGUUCCUACAAGAGGAAGUUCCUACAAGAGGAAGUUCCUACAAGAGGAAGUUCCUACAAGAGGAAGUUCCUACAAGAGGAAGUUCCUACAGGAGGAAGUUCCUACAGGAGUAAGUUCCUACAGGAGUAAGUUCCUACAAGAGGAAGUUCCUACAAGAGGAAGUUCCUACAAGAGGAAGUUCCUACAAGAGGAAGUUCCUACAAGAGGAAGUUCCUACAAGAGGAAGUUCCUACAAGAGGAAGUUCCUACAAGAGGAAGUUCCUACAAGAGGAAGUUCCUACAAGAGGAAGUUCCUACAGGAGGAAGUUCCUACACGAGGAAGUUCCUACAAGAGGAAGUUCCUACAAGAGGAAGUUCCUACAGGAGGAAGUUCCUACAGGAGGAAGUUCCUACAAGAGGAAGUUCCUACAAGAGGAAGUUCCUACAGGAGGAAGUUCCUACAGGAGGAAGUUCCUACAGGAGGAAGUUCCUACAAGAGGAAGUUCCUACAGGAGGAAGUUCCUACAGGAGGAAGUUCCUACAGGAGGAAGUUCCUACAAGAGGAAGUCCUACAGGAGGAAGUUCCUACAGGAGGAAGUUCCUACAAGAGGAAGUUCCUACAGGAGGAAGUUCCUACAAGAGGAAGUCCUACAGGAGGAAGUUCCUACAAGAGGAAGUUCCUACAAGAGGAAGUUCCUACAAGAGGAAGUUCCUACAGGAGGAAGUUCCUACAGGAGGAAGUUCCUACAGGAGGAAGUUCCUACAGGAGGAAGUUCCUACAGGAGGAAGUUCCUACAGGAGGAAGUUCCUACAAGAGGAAGUUCCUACAAGAGGAAGUUCCUACAAGAGGAAGUUCCUACAGGAGGAAGUUCCUACAAGAGGAAGUUCCUACAAGAGGAAGUUCCUACAAGAGGAAGUUCCUACAGGAGGAAGUUCCUACAGGAGGAAGUUCCUACAGGAGGAAGUUCCUACAGGAGGAAGUUCCUACAAGAGGAAGUUCCUACAAGAGGAAGUUCCUACAGGAGGAAGUUCCUACAGGAGGAAGUUCCUACAAGAGGAAGUUCCUACAGGAGGAAGUUCCUACAAGAGGAAGCUUCAUAGCUCGCGUGUUUGUCCCGUCAGACUGUGA